UAAUGUUGCGGAGUAAGAAGGUAAUUGAUUAUGAAAUCAAAAUUCACGGUUCAUUCUCCAAAUUUGAAUGAAGAUCAGUUAUAAUCAAAAUAUGAAAAUAUGACGAACCAAAUGGCCGUUUUUAAGUUCAAUUCAAUACGUACUGUAACCGACAGCGGGAUGAAUCUUGCUGAUUGCGAUUUUUCACUUAUUCAAGUUUUACCACUAGGAGGCGAUAUUGCAAAUAGCGCUAACGUGAGUCUGGAGCGGUAUCGGGGGAGGGGGACCCCCGUAUCGGGCAAAGUUUGAAGGCGUUCUACUACACUAUCACCACUGCGUGCUGCAUUUGGAUCGAAUUGGUUGCCUGUGUGCAGUCCUAGAAGGGAGCUUGCUCUCUGAGAUUUUUGAUUGGCGGAGGAGUCAAAAACUAUAGUCAGGAAACAGCUCGGAUUUCAGGGGGGAGUGACAUUUCUUGAGAAGGUUGGAGGGAGAGAGAGAGUGGGAACGUAAGAAGUAGACGAAGAAAAAAAAAUCCGUAAACCUGACAAAGCGUCUGAGAAUAGAACCAGGAUCCUCGGAGACUUUCAGAUGUGAGGAGCGCUCGAUUUCAAUGGAUAAAUCUAGCUAUGUAUCCACGAGAUGUCGUCACGUCCGAAGCACACAUUCAGUAGUUGUUAGAAUACUUAAUCUAUUUUUAUUUUAGAAGAAGGACGAGCAGCCGGACAGUCGGAGAUUUUGAAGGCUGCUGUGAGCCAGUAACAACUUGGUGGGGACGACAAAAGUUUCGGGGACGCAAGUUUUUCAAAACGCUUUGAACGGAUUUACAAAACACUGCGGGAUUUUAUCAGUAUUCCACUCUUAAAACUAUGCUCCCUGAAAAAGGAUCCGCGACAGUUUUGCUGUGAUUCUGUCUUUGUGUUGCGUGUAUUGUGGAAUAGUGAAGAAUCGCAACUUUGCAUUUUAUUUGCAACGGGUUGAAAUUGACCCGUCGGGAAUAACUACGCAUUCCGCUGGCAGUUCAGCUCAUGCACGCGCCUGAGUCCUCAGUUUAUGCGGAUUUAGAACUUCGGUACUUCGGUCCAUCGUGCCCCCUGUUCUCCUCUGCCCUAGGUGAUUGGAGGGAAUUCCAGUGAGUGACGGGUCGGGACAGCCUGCAGUUCAUGGUUGGGUGGAGACCCUCAGAUGGGAUCAGUGUCCAGGGGGAGGUCGAGGAAGGGGGGAUGGGGAGGCACACUGGCCGCUGACGGGAUGUCCGUCUGGGCACGGCUUGCGGGAUUGCUCCUGCUGUUGUCACUAGUGACGGCAUCCGUGGCUCGGCCGCCCAUCGUGACUGGUGGAGUGGAGGAGGCAGCACUUCCUGAAGAGCCUCCGAACAAAUGCCAAAGCGCUAAGCCUGCCGUGUGCUCCGUGCACCCGGGGGACCUUCUGAAGCUCAGCUGCCCACUGCCCAAGGCGGCCGCGAUCGUCUGGACCAAAGACGGCUCGUCACUCGGCCCAGACAACCGCACACUCAUAGAACGGGAGUGGCUGCACAUCCGCGAUGCCACGCCCAGGGACUCGGGCAUGUACGCUUGCAGCGCCGCCGGCUCUAAGGGCAGCCACGCACUUUGCUUCAUCGUUAACGUCACAGAUGCCAUCUCAUCCGGCGAUGACGAAGACGACGCAGAACGAUCGGAUGAUGUCGAGCUAGACGGCGAGCAAAUGCACUGCCCGCUGAACCAUAAUGAGGCCUUCACACUGCACCCAGCUACUGAGGCAGGCCAUAAUUGCGCACCACGCUGGGUCUCGCCAGAGAAGAUGGAGAAGAAGCUGCACGCCGUGCCAGCGGCCAACACGGUGAAGUUUCGCUGUGCCGCCGAUGGCAAGCCCACGCCUAUGCUACAUUGGCUGAAGAACGGACGGCCCUUCAGGCAGGAAGACCGCAUGGGCGGCUACAAGGUCCGACUCCAGCACUGGACUCUGAUUAUGGAGAGUGUGGUUCCCUCUGAUAAAGGCAACUACACCUGUGUGGUGGAGAACAAGUAUGGCUCAAUCAACCACACAUACACCCUGGAUGUAGUUGAACGUUCUCCUCACCGGCCAAUUCUCCAGGCAGGCCUGCCAGCCAAUGCCACUGUGCACGUGGGGGAGGACGCUCGGUUCGUGUGUAAGGUGUACAGCGACGCCCAGCCUCACAUCCAGUGGCUUCAUCACAUCACCAAGAACGGCAGCCGUUAUGGCCCUGACGGUCUCCCUUACGUCCGUGUGCUAAAGACGGCAGGUGUGAAUACCACGGACAAAGAGAUCGAGGUCCUCUACCUGCCCAACGUCACUUUCAACGACGCGGGCGAGUAUACGUGCUUGGCGGGUAACUCUAUUGGGAUCUCCUAUCACUCUGCUUGGUUGACGGUUCUUUCAGCUGAGUCAGGCGUCAUGGAGCCAGACUUCCCACCCGACUAUGUGGAGAUCGCCAUCUACUGCAUAGGUGUCUUCCUCAUUGCCUGCAUGGUAGUGAUCGUGGUCGUGUGCCGGAUGAGGACCUCCACGAAGAAACCAGACUUCGGAGCGCAGCCCGCUGUGCAUAAACUCACCAAGCAAAUCCCUCUGCGCCGCCAGGUAACAGUGUCGGCUGACUCUAGCUCCUCCAUGAGCUCUAGCACACCGCUCGUCCGAAUCACCACCCGCCGGAGCUCAGACCACGACCAGGUCAUCCCUGAGUACGACCUGCCCGAGGACCCACGGUGGGAAUUCUCCAGGGACAAGCUGACCCUGGGAAAGCCCCUAGGGGAGGGCUGCUUUGGGCAGGUAGUGAUGGCCGAGGCACUGGGCAUCGAUAAGGACAAACCCAAGGAGGCCGUAACCGUGGCGGUCAAGAUGCUGAAGGAUGAUGCCACAGAGAAAGAUCUGUCUGACCUGGUGUCAGAGAUGGAGAUGAUGAAGAUGAUCGGCCGGCACAAGAACAUCAUCAACUUGCUGGGGGCGUGCACACAGGACGGUCCUUUAUAUGUCAUAGUGGAGUACGCUUCCAAGGGCAACCUGCGCGAGUACUUGCGGGCGCGCCGGCCUCCAGGGAUGGAGUACUCGUUUGAUAUCGCCCGUGUAGCUGACGAGCCUCUCACCUUCAAAGACCUGGUGUCCUGCACUUACCAGGUGGCCCGCGGCAUGGAGUAUUUAGCCUCUCAAAAGUGUAUACACAGAGAUUUGGCUGCCAGAAACGUGUUGGUCACCGAGAACAACGUGAUGAAGAUCGCAGACUUCGGCUUGGCCAGGGAUGUCCACAACAUCGAUUACUAUAAAAAGACGACCAAUGGUCGUUUGCCGGUGAAGUGGAUGGCCCCCGAGGCACUGUUUGACCGCGUGUACACACACCAGAGCGAUGUGUGGUCCUUCGGUGUGCUCAUGUGGGAGAUCUUCACGUUGGGCGGCUCACCGUACCCCGGCAUUCCCGUGGAGGAGCUGUUCAAGCUCCUAAAGGAGGGCCACCGCAUGGAUAAGCCGGCCAACUGCACUAAUGACCUGUAUAUGAUGAUGAAAGACUGUUGGCACGCCAUCUCCUCACAGAGGCCCACGUUCAAACAGCUGGUCGAGGACUUGGAUCGCAUCCUCACCCUGGCCACCCAUGAGGAGUACAUCGACCUGUGUGCACCCACGGAGCAGUAUUCGCCCUGCUUCCCAGACACGCGGAGCUCCUGCUCCUCCGGUGAUGAUUCUGUCUUCUCCCACGACCCCCUGCCAGAUGAGCCAUGCCUCCCCAAGUACCAGCACGUCAACGGAAGCCUCAAGACAUGAACACUGCCUCCUCUCACUCCCCCUUACCCACCCACCCCCCUUCCUCCCUUGCAAGCCUCCUGUGCAAGAGACACGUGACUCCUGCCACCCUGCCCCUGUCUGUCUCACUGCCUCCCUGGCUACGCUGGACAUUCGGAGCAAGGGAGGCCGGGACACCGGCUAUGCUGCUCUCUGACAGACUGGUGUGCGUGUAAGACGAUGCGCAACUUGUGCGUCUGAAGUGCACGUGCAAUCAAAAAAACAUGACUAAGCUCUUAACAAGAGGAUGAGGACCCAACAGUAGUGUUCUCUUUUUUCUUGACUGAAUGAUUAGUUAGUUCUGAGGGUCCACAUUGUGUGUUUGUUUUGAGGUUUUUUUACCCCUUUUGUUUUGUGUUUUUGUUGGAGUUUUCUGACAUCAUUCCAUUCCAUUGCUUGGCAUUCCAGGACUCUUCGUUCCCAACAAAAAUGGAGGACACAAUAAAAUGGGAGAGAGACUAAAUGGACAAAAAGGAGAAAAAUAGGAAACGUGUUCAAAAGGAAACGUUCCACUAACAAAGGACUAGGAAAAAAGUUUGUAAGAUUUUCAUGUUCCAUUUUAUGUUGAUAACAUAGUUAUCAAAUAAAAGCCCAUGCAGUUAUUCGAAUGGGAAAAAUGUAAUACACAGUAUAUAUUGCUGGGUAUAUUUGUAAAUAUAUUCAAAUAUGUAAAAAAUAUAUAUAUUAUAUAUUUACAGUGAAUUAUUUUUUGUAUUGACUUCAGAAAUAUUCCUUCCCUUUCUUCAACCCUCCC